AUGUCAAUUGUGGAUGAUGGUUGUGGAGUCUUAGACACCCACGUAACAUGGGAUGAUAUCCAAGAUCAUUUGUAUUUGGCUUUCGGCAGAGAUGCUUCCAUGGGAGUUGACAAAACGAUUAACGAGAUAACUGAAGCUAAUGGGUUCGCAUCAAAGAUGUGCAUCCUCGAGCCGAACUUCAGCAAUGAAUCACUGCCCAAGAAGCUGAUCGUAAAGAUCUUGUCUCUUGCAAGUGCUAACAAUGCUGUCAAUAAGAUAAACAUUGAUUCAGAUACCUUAAAUACAAAUCUUGUUGAUGAGAAUGAGAAGAGAGCGAAGGCUUUUUCUAUGUAUCAUAAUCACGAAGUACUUACUUACAAUCUACUGAAUUCCAUUGAAGAUAUGAACUAUCCGAUCGUUAAGGUUUAUUCCAGCCAAGCUAUUUCUUUGCCAGAAAAUCCAACAAAAGGUUUUAUCAUUAUGGAAUACCUUGAGAACAUUGAGAAUAUUCAUUUGGAUAGCUGUUUUGAUGAUAGAAUCAUGUCUGAGGUUUUACGGGCAACUGCCAAGAUUCAUUCUUCCACUCGCUAUAUGAACGAUGAAAACAAAGAAAAUCUCAAAUUGGGAACAUACAAAGAACUAUUUCGUCCAAUUUUACGACCUGAAUUUAUAACGUCAUCAUUGGCUUUAACUAAAAGAUUCUUGGGAGAAGAAGAAGAAGCUGCUAUCGUCGAGGCCGAAGAAAUUUGCAAAAAGAUGGGAACGCAAGAGAUGCGUAAUCUGUUUGAUCAAACAUGUGAAGUUCUAGACAUGAAGCCCGUCCUGUUACACGGAGACUUAUGGGUCACUAAUGUGGCUCUACAGAAGAAUGCUGAAGGCGAAGUUAACAUGAAGGCAAUCAUUGAUUUCCAGGGUGCACAUAUAGGAAGCUUAGCUCACGAUCUCGUCCGGUUAUUCUGCUCAGUUUUGCCAGCUGAAGAUUUCGAGGAGCUAUCAGUCAAGUAUUUAAAAGAGUAUUAUGAAUAUCUGAAAGAAUACUCAUCAGAAGAAUCACUUCCUGGUUCAUUUGAACAGGUAUUGGAAUCAUUCUAUCGUUUAUUACCAAUUGGAGCUUUCAUUAUCGCCAGCACAAUGACAUUGAUCCAUAAACUAGUGGCGGAGCGACGAGCUGAUCCUCAAAAGACGAGUCAGAUAAUCCGAGAUAAGUGUAUCGUUCUUAUAAAACUUAUUCCUAAAUAUUAUGAACGUUACUAUUCGUAA